ACUGCUGUAUAUCAACAAUUGCUAUCGUUCUUCGUCAUACGUCCGAGCUAAUUUUCGCAUUUAAUUUACAACACAAAAAAGACAAAGCUGGUAAUUCGUCAGCCAUGCAGGAACAAAGCCCCGAGCUGUACGAGGAGGUCAAACUAUUCCGCAAUGCUCGCGAACGCGAGAAGUACGAUAACAUGGCCGAUUUGUAUGCCAUCAUAAACACAAUACAGCAGCUGGAGAAGGCGUACAUCAGAGAUUGUAUUACGCCGCAGGAAUACACAGCAGCGUGCUCCAAGCAUUUGGUGCAAUACAAGAUUGCCUUCAAGCAGGUGCAGUGCGAUGAGUUUCCCACUGUCGACACAUUUGUGAAGAAGUUCCGCCUGGAUUGCCCUGCGGCCCUGGAGCGUAUUCGCGAAGAUCGUCCGAUUACCAUACGCGAUGACAAGGGCAACACAUCGAAGUGCAUUGCGGAAAUUGUGUCGCUGUUUAUCACGAUCAUGGACAAAUUGAGGCUCCAAAUCAAUACCAUGGACGCACUGCAGCCAGAUGUCAAGGAUCUGGCGGACAAUAUGAGUCGCUUGUCGCUCAUUCCCGAGGACUUUGAUGCCAAGGAGAAGGUGGACAAAUGGUUGGGCACUCUGAACGAUAUGCAGGCAUCCGAUGAGCUGACCGAGGCGCAAGUCCGUCAAUUCCUUUUCGAUCUAGAGUCGGCCUAUGCCGAUUUCAACAAGCUACUUCAUAGCCAGUAAUUGUUAAUGCUUUUUACAACGUCGUACAUUAUUAUAGUCUGUAUUAUUCGUAAACUGUCUCAAUAAAAGAACAAAUUUAAGAGUACAUGUUACAUGUUUUUUUUACUAUAAAAAGUUGUUGCUAACCCAUUUAUAUAUAUAGAUUAGAGAGAAUAAAUUUUGUAGACUUUGAAAAAAGUGCUUGGGGUAAUUUUUUUAGUUUCUUUUUAAAUUUUGAAUUAAACUCAAAAAAUGUGCUGUCAUUGCUAGAUAGAGGUAACCAAAUGUUGACCUCGCCUGCGAAAAUGUGGAAUUCAGUUUUUAUAGACUUUGAGAUUAAGAAGAAAUAAAUACUUUAUGUGAAAGUACUAAUUUCUGAUACCCCUUAUCCACCAACCGCUACCGUUGAGAAUGAUAACAAAAUAUGUAUUUUUUUUGCAUUUGUUUGGAUUUAAUCGUAUCUUUUAUCUUCUUUUCUUGUAUUUAAUUUAAAUAUUAAGGUUAUAAUUAUACAAUACACAUAAGUUUAAACCGAUUACAAUAAUUAAUUUUUGUUUGUUGUGUGUGUUUUCUCAUUCACGUUACGUUUUGUUUGUUUUUUUGUUGUUUUUGUAUUUGUAUUUUGUAUUUGUUGUUUCAUCUUACGCUUAUAAAUCUGUUAAAUCGUUUUACGCCUUUAAUAUUUAAUAAUUGUUAUCUUUUAUCUUUGUAAAUUAUUUGUAUGCAAUGUGAAAAAUGGUACUUGGUAUAGUUUAUUAUUAUGUAUAUGCAGAUGGUUGUUGGCUGUAUAUAGAUGUAUGUAGGUGUAUGUGUUGUUUUGGUUGUUCUUGCUUGUGAUUUGUGUGUGGUGUUGUGUUGUGGAUGUGUAUGUGUGUGUGUGUGUGUGUGUGAGUGUAGGCAGAUGACGAGGAGAAGGAGGAGGAGGCGACAUCGCCUUACGGUG